AAUUUGAAACAGAUCCUUUUUUCUUAAAUGACAUCUAAUAAAAUUAAAAUCAUUAUACUUAAUGUAUCUGGCAAAUAGCUGAUGCUGGAUAUAUAUUUAUUGAAUGAGUGAAUGUUGGGGGAAAUGAAUAACUGAGUAAAGGAUAGGCAUCAGUGGUGUUUAGACCACUUUUGGUACUCAGUGGUUUAAUAUUUUAUAGUCUUUCAACAAAAUUGGACAAAGGUUUUCUAAGGUAAACCUGAAAUUCCAUUACUAAGGACCAUUAUAAUAUUACAGAGGCAGGAGGAAGUUUAAAAAUGAUUUAAUUCCCUCAUUAUACCGAUAAGAAUAGAGGUUCAGAGAAGCAAAGGGACUUGCCCUUGAUCACAUCAGCAGGUGAUUUGAAUUAGAUCCAGAAACUGGACACAUGAUUUCCAUACUAUUCUUCUUCCUUAGGUUUUGAUUCUUUACUGUGUUUAGGGUCAAGAUACUACAAAGAACAUAGAAUUCACAUCUCUUACCUUCAAAGAGUUUCUCAUCUAUUGGAAAUAAACCAUAGUUUUUAUCUGCAUUUGGAUGAUGUAUAAUCUAAGCUCCAUAAAUUACUGUAAUAGUUGAUUAUUUCUUUGGUUAAAUAAUUUAUUUGAUUAUCUAUUGCAAGGUUAUCUGGUGUAAGAAUAUUUCAUAAAUGUAUGUGUGUAUAUAUUUAUAUGUAUAGUUAUGUAUUUUCUAUAACUAUACAUACACAUAUGAAAAAUAACCAAAUUAUAUGUGGACAAUUCACAAUAUCUAGGUAAUAAUAGAAAACUAAAAUCCCUUUUGCUGUGAGAGUGCCCUCCUGAGAUUGUGAUUCAGUCUUCUAUAGAAGAAUUUUUUCCUUAUAUAUGUAAGUGAGAAAUAGUAGUUAUCAGAAUUUAACCUCUAAUGCUGAUUAUUUCCACUGUAUAAAUCGGUCUAAAUGAUACUAUAACAUAGAACUAGUGCACUCUCCUGCUUUUUAAUAAUAGCAAAUGCUUUUGCUAAGAAACCAAAGAAAGCUUUUAGAUUUGUUUCAAUUUAAAAGGAAAUAUAGUUAAUUAAGAGUAGAAAUGCAUAAUUUUUGCAGCUGGAAUGUCUUAUAUCUCAACAAUGAAAAUUAACACAAAUAGAGCAUUUUGGGGAAGCUGACUAUAUUUCUAACCUAUAUAUCUUGACAUAUAAUAUGCAUUCAUAUUAUAUGGGCUUUUAAGGAGCAUUUGUGUAUUUGUAUAGGUGGAGAGUAAUAUAAAUGUGGACCUGCUCACUAUUACCCCCAAGAGGACAAUUAUUUACCUCACAAUUAAAUAGAGGACUUAAAUUAGCAAUUUUGAGCCUUAUAGCUCUUGUUUAAAUUCUUCAACUCCUUUUGUCCAAUCAUUUCUAGCCCCAUUGUCUAAAAUGGCAGUUUAGAAUGGACCUACCUUAACUGGCAUUUUGAACUUUUUUCUUUUUGUGGUCUGUACGAUGAUUAUUGCUACGUAGUAGACUGAUCAAGUUUAAAAUAGAGUUGCCAAGACUGAUGACUUUGAUUCAUUGAUGUGAUUAAAUGUUUUAACAGUUUAAAAUUUUCCCUAUAAAAGCCAUUGCUGGUAUUUACAAAUUAAGAACUCUCCCCCCUAAUGUAGAUGUACAGAUCAGCUCUCAAAAUGUCUUCUGUGUCUUCCGAACGUCUUCUAAGACAAUUGCAUUAGCCUCCUGCUAGUUGACUAAUAGAAUUAAUAAUUGUAAAAAGCACUCUAAAGCCACAUGCCUUAUGAAGUCAAUGCUGGGUAUGAUUUUACAAAUAUGGUCCGGAAAAAGAACCCCCCUCUGAGAAACGUUGCUAGUGACGGCGAGGGCCAGACCCUGGAGCCUAUAGGUACAGAAAGCAAGGUAUCUGGAAAGAGCAAAGAAUUUUCUGCAGAUCAGAUGUCAGAAAAUACAGAUCAGAGUGAUGCUGCAGAAAUAAAUAAUAAGGAGGAACAUAGCUUGCAUGUUCAAGAUCCAUCCUCUAGCACUAAAAAGGACUUAAAAAGUUCAGUCCUGAGUGAGAAGGCUGGCUUUAAUUAUGAAAGCCCCAGUAAGGGAGGAAACCUUCCCUCCUUUCCACAUGAUGAGGUGACAGACAGAAAUAUGUUGGCUUUCUCAUCUCCAGCUGCUGGGGGAGUCUGCGAGCCCUUGAAGUCUCCUCAAAGAGCAGAGGCAGAUGACCCUCAAGAUAUGGCUUGCACCCCAUCAGGGGACUCAUUGGAGACAAAGGAGGAUCAGAAGAUGUCACCAAAGGCUACCGAGGAAACAGGGCAAGCGCAGAGUAUUCAAGCCAAUUGUCAAGGUUUGAGCCCCGUUUCAGUGGCCUCAAAAAACCCACAAGUGCCUUCAGAUGGGGGUGUAAGAAUGAAUAAAUCCAAAACUGACUUAUUGGUGAAUGACUUAUUGGUGAACCCAGACCCGGCACCUCUGUCUCCAGAGCUUCAGGACUUUAAAUGUAAUAUCUGUGGAUAUGGUUACUAUGGCAAUGACCCCACAGAUCUGAUUAAGCACUUCCGAAAGUAUCACUUAGGACUGCAUAACCGCACCAGGCAGGAUGCUGAGCUGGACAGCAAAAUCUUGGCCCUUCAUAACAUGGUGCAGUUCAGCCAUUCCAAAGACUUCCAGAAGGUCAACCGCUCUGUGCUUUCUGGUGUGCUGCAGGACAUCAAUUCUUCAAGGCCUGUUUUACUAAAUGGGACCUAUGAUGUGCAGGUCACUUCAGGUGGGACGUUCAUUGGCAUCGGACGGAAAACACCAGAUUGCCAAGGGAACACCAAGUAUUUCCGCUGUAAAUUCUGCAAUUUCACUUAUAUGGGCAAUUCAUCAACUGAACUAGAACAACAUUUUCUUCAGACUCACCCAAACAAAAUAAAAGCUUCUCUCCCCUCCUCUGAGGGUGCAAAACCUGCAGAGAAAAACUCUAACAAAUCCAUCCCUGCACUUCGACCCAGUGAUUCUGGAGACUUGGGAAAAUGGCAAGACAAGAUAACAGUCAAGGCAGGAGAUGACACUCCUGUUGGCUACUCAGUGCCCAUCAAGCCCCUUGAUUCCUCAAAACAAAAUGGUACAGAGGCCACCAGUUACUACUGGUGUAAAUUUUGCAGUUUCAGCUGUGAGUCAUCUAGCUCACUUAAACUGCUAGAACAUUAUGGCAAGCAGCACGGAGCAGUACAGUCAGGUGGCCUUAAUCCAGAGUUGAACGAUAAGCUUUCCAGGGGCUCUGUCAUUAAUCAGAAUGAUCUAGUCAAAAGUGCAGAAGGAGAGCCAAUGACCAAGGCAGACAAGGGCUCGAGUGGGGUGAAAAAGAAGGACUUCUCCAGCAAAGGAGCAGAGGAUAAUAUGGUAACAAGCUAUAACUGUCAGUUCUGUGACUUUCGAUAUUCCAAAAGCCAUGGCCCCGAUGUAAUUGUAGUGGGGCCACUUCUCCGUCAUUAUCAACAGCUCCAUAACAUUCACAAGUGUACCAUUAAACACUGUCCAUUCUGUCCCAGAGGUCUUUGCAGCCCAGAAAAGCACCUUGGAGAAAUUACUUAUCCAUUCGCUUGUAGAAAAAGUAAUUGUUCCCACUGUGCACUCUUGCUUCUGCACUUGUCUCCGGGGGCGGCUGGAAGCUCACGAGUCAAACACCAGUGCCACCAGUGUUCAUUCACUACCCCUGAUGUAGAUGUACUUCUCUUUCACUACGAGAGUGUACAUGAGUCUCAAGCAUCGGAUGUCAAACAAGAAGCUAAUCAUCUGCAAGGAUCAGAUGGGCAGCAGGCGGUUAAGGAAAGCAAAGAACACUCAUGUACCAAAUGCGAUUUUAUUACCCAGGUGGAAGAAGAGAUUUCCCGACACUACAGGAGAGCACACAGCUGCUACAAAUGCCGUCAGUGCAGUUUUACAGCUGCUGAUACUCAGUCACUACUAGAGCACUUCAACACUGUUCACUGCCAGGAACAGGACAUCACUACAGCCAACGGCGAAGAGGACGGUCAUGCCGUAUCCACCAUCAAAGAGGAGCCCAAAAUUGACCUCAAGGUCUACAGUCUGCUAAAUCCAGACUCUAAAAUGGUAGAGCCAGUUUCCGAGAGUGUGGUGAAGAGAGAGAAGCUAGAAGAUAAGGACGGGCUCAAAGAGAAAGUUUGGACUGAGAGUUCAAGUGAUGACCUUCGCAACGUGACUUGGAGAGGGGCAGACAUCCUGCGGGGCAGCCCGUCAUACACUCAAGCAAGCCUGGGACUGCUGACACCUGUGUCUGGCACCCAAGAGCAGACAAAGACUCUUAGGGAUAGCCCUAAUGUAGAAGCUGCCCAUCUGGCGCGACCUAUUUAUGGCUUGGCUGUCGAGACCAAGGGAUUCCUGCAGGGGGUGCCAGCUGGCGGAGAGAAGUCCGGGGCCCUCACCCAGCAGUAUCCUGCAUCGGGAGAAAACAAGUCCAAGGAUGAGUCCCAGUCCCUGUUACGGGCUAUGGCAAUCUCCCAGACAUCAAACAUAAGGAGGCGUAGAGGCUCCGGUGUUUUUUGUGCCAAUUGCCUGACCACAAAGACCUCUCUCUGGCGAAAGAAUGCAAAUGGCGGAUAUGUAUGCAACGCGUGUGGCCUCUACCAGAAGCUUCACUCGACUCCCAGGCCUUUAAACAUCAUUAAACAAAACAACGGUGAGCAGAUUAUUAGGAGAAGAACAAGAAAGCGCCUUAACCCAGAGGCACUUCAGGCUGAGCAGCUCAGCAAACAGCAGAGAGCUAGCAGUGAGGAGCAAGUCAAUGGAAGCCCAUUAGAGAGGAGGUCAGAAGAUCACUUAGCUGAGAGUCACCAGAGAGAAAUCCCACUCCCGAGCCUAAGUAAAUACGAAGCCCAGGGUUCAUUGACUAAAAGCCAUUCUGCUCAACAGCCAGUCCUGGUCAGCCAAACUCUGGAUAUUCACAAAAGGAUGCAACCUUUGCACAUUCAGAUAAAAAGUCCUCAGGAAAGUACUGGAGAUCCAGGAAAUAGUUCAUCCAUAUCUGAAGGGAAAGGAAGUUCUGAGAGAGGCAGUCCUAUAGAAAAGUACAUGAGACCUGCAAAACACCCAAAUUAUUCACCACCAGGCAGCCCUAUUGAAAAGUACCAGUACCCACUUUUUGGACUUCCCUUUGUACAUAAUGACUUCCAGAGUGAAGCUGAUUGGCUGCGGUUCUGGAGUAAAUAUAAGCUCUCCGUUCCUGGGAAUCCGCACUACUUGAGUCAUGUGCCUGGCCUACCAAAUCCUUGCCAAAACUAUGUGCCUUAUCCCACCUUCAAUCUGCCUCCUCAUUUUUCAGCUGUUGGAUCAGACAAUGACAUUCCUCUAGAUUUGGCGAUCAAGCAUUCCAGACCUGGGCCAACUGCAAACGGUGCCUCCAAGGAGAAAACGAAGGCACCACCAAAUGUAAAAAAUGAAGGUCCCUUGAAUGUAGUAAAAACAGAGAAAGUUGAUAGAAGUACUCAAGAUGAACUUUCCACAAAAUGUGUGCACUGUGGCAUUGUCUUUCUGGAUGAAGUGAUGUAUGCUUUGCAUAUGAGUUGCCAUGGUGACAGUGGACCUUUCCAGUGCAGCAUAUGCCAGCAUCUUUGCACGGACAAAUAUGACUUCACAACACAUAUCCAGAGGGGCCUGCAUAGGAACAAUGCACAAGUGGAAAAAAAUGGAAAACCUAAAGAGUAAAACCUUAGCACUUAGCACAAUUAAAUAGAAAUAGGUUUUCUUGAUGGGAAUUCAAUAGCUUGUAAUGUCUUAUGAAGACCUAUUAAAAAAAUACUUCAUAGAGCCUGCCUUAUCCAACAUGAAAGUCCCUUCUUUUUAUUAUUUCUUUUGAUGAGUAGGUUACCAAGAUUUAAAAGUGAGACAAAUGGUCAGUGAGAAAGAAUAGAACGUGGUAAACAAUCAUUUUUUUAAAGCCUAGUAAGUCAAAAUCAUCUUGGCUAAUGUGUACUGGGAAAAUAAUCCGUAAGCGGUAUUACCAGAUGAUAGUUAAUGUUUGUCUAGAAUUUGAAAGGGUUUCCAUAUUAUGAUACUAAAACAGUAUUGGGCUGGCCAUUGGCCCAUUUGUUCAAAAACCCAUAAAUUGUCUAAAUUUAUAAGUAUCAUGAAAUCCUUGGCAAAUGGAGGAGACAUUGAAUCUCCAGGGCAAUGGAAGGCAAAUGGCACCCUCUCAAAUCAGUCUCCUCUCGUUGACCAUGUUUCAGAUUUUACCAAGAAAUGCGAGCUGUGGUUAGGCUUGGUUAAAGAGCAGCAAGAAACGUGACAGAUGGUGGCACAUUGUUUUUGGCCAGCCCUGCCUGUACAUACACAUGCACACCCUCUGAUAUUUUUGUCCUUUAGAUGUUCAAAUAUUCAGUAGUCUUUUGGUUUGCAGUUUAGGUUCAUUUGUCCAUAUAUAUCCAUUUUAAAAAACGAUGUCCUCGAUGCUUACGUAGUAAUUUUAUUUUAGCCAGAUAUUUCUUUCUUGUAUGUGAGGAAUCAGUUUGGAUCUGUUCUUUGUGUGUUUUUUAAGCCUCCUGUUGGUCACUAAUCUCACUUGGCACAUUGUAACUAAAGGAAUCCCCUCAGUUCAAAGGAAUAGAUGGAUACAGAUGUCAGACCAUGGGUUUAAUUUGUUUAGAACACAUGGUAUUUCUCCACAAGGUAACCUGCUGUAUUUAUUUAUUUUCUUUUGGUUAAAUAUAAUUUCCAAACUUUGUGGUCAGGCAACUUCUAAGGUUACGUUACCACAGACUGACAGUUGGUAUAUGUACCAGUCAAUCCCUUCAUUAGAUGUAUACAGGUUUAGUUAAGUAGCAUUAAAUAGGAUUCUUAGAAGUAUGUCUUCAUAGUACUUUUAAUACUUAAGGCUUUGUAAAAACUAUCCAUGAAGGGAAAGCUCCUCAGCAUAACUGCUCAGGGAAAUAGGGCUAAAUAACUGAACAUUAAAUAAUUGGUUAAAGGUGCUGUUAGUCGAGCCUCAAUGCUUGCUACAAGGAUGUAUGUACAAGGACUGACUUUAAUAAUUUGCAUUAUAUUGUCCCAACCAGUAGUUUAUUUUUUGCCACGGAGAUGUAGAAGAUAUUACAAGCUACUGGAUGCACUGUCAGAUUAACUUAUUUCAUUAAAGAAGUUGGGAGAACAAAUAGGAAAAAAAAACUUAUUUUUCUAGUAAAUAUUAAUGUAUUACAUUUCAAAUAAUGGUGCCUGACAUAUUGAAUAAUUAUUUUCUACAGUGUACGUAUGCAACAAAGAUAUUCCAUCAUGCAUUAGAGUCAGUUCUGGCUCUGCCUAGCUGUUUACAUUUGCAAAUGUAGCAAACAAGGUAAUGAAGCAACUAUUUCUAUUGCAGUAGAUAUCUUUUUGUGUGUGUGUGUGUAUGUGUGUGCAUUAAAGUUGUAAACGGUAACAUGAAACAAAUGAAAGUUCUUGAUAUAAUGGUAUGGAAAACAAGAAGGAAAUGAAAAUAUUUUUAUGCCUACUUAGGAAAAAAAAGGGUAGCACUAUUCAUUCCAAGUACUUUUUUUUUUAAUUUUUAAGCUCUUAACUCACAUUGUUAUGCUUAAGAUGAUAAACAUAUAUCCUCUUUUUAUUGCUUUGUCUAUGUUUCAGAUGAAACAUUUCAGAAAUUAUUUUGAUAAGUGUUGCUGGAAUCUGCAGCACUGAUGUUUUUAUUGCAUUCUGUAGUCGCAUUUGCACUCCAUUUUUACAUUAAUUUGCAGUUGCUUUGUAUUGUUUUGUUUUGUUUGGGUUUUGUUUCUUUUUCACAGUGCCGGGUCUUCCUUUCUUAAAGUUGGAUGGCAGGUAGAGUUCAACCAGUUCAUGACUGUUGUAGUGAAUGAAGUUAAAAAUGUCUUUCUGAUGUUGUGUUGUCAUUUUCAUUCUUGCAUUUUCGUUUGCAUAUUAAAAAAGAAAACAGAAAGCAAGAGACAGAAAUCAGGACUAAGUCCUCUGCUUCAGUUUCAUUGUUUAAAGGGCCCUAUUCUGAUCUCACCUGUCGCGUAGCUCUAAUAUUCACAUAAACUGAAAUAAAGAGGUGGAAUGAGGAGCUUUGACUUUUAAAUUAUGUGAUGUAAUUUAUCUUUCUUAGGAAUUUUAAUGGAUGCAUCUCAAAAUAUACAGCCAGACUUGAAAGGUGACAAUUAAAGAUCUAAAAAAAAAAAGAAAAUUUCCAAACAAUAAUUUUCUUAAUACAAAGAAUAAUAAAAUGCACGAUAGCAAUCCCUUCAAGUAACAUUUUCUACGUAGACUGCUCAAAUCAGCAAAAUACCAGAAGUUUGGUUAACUUGAGCAACAUUACAGGUAUUACUUUUUGGGCAAAACUAUUCAUUAUGCAGUGUGUCAGAACAAAUAGGCUGUUCAUUUUUGGCAUGUACGCCUUUGUUUUUUUUCAUGCAAUUUUUUUUUCUCAGACAGACAUAGUAAUGACUAGUAUCGGAAAAUACAUAUCACUAUUCUUGGAAUACUUAUGGUCAGUCCACUUUUCAGUAGAAUAUUUUUGGAUAGCAUUGACAUGAUAGAUCUUAUUCCAUACUCAUUUAUUAUUAUUUUAUUUUCAUCUUUGCUUUCAUAAUGAUACAUAUUUUGGUAGAGAAGAGGUUGGGCUUUUAAUAAAAGAGACAAAAAUUUAUCAUAACACUAAAAUAUUUCUUAUUUUUGACUUAUUAAAGCCUUUGUUCCAUCUCUCAAAAUAUAUUACAAUAGUUUGUUUUUUUGGUUUUAAAAUUUCUGAAUCAUUUCAUCUUAAAUUGUGGUUUUAAAUGAGAUAUUUAGGUACUUAACCUUUUUUGUGAGGACUUUCACAAUUAUUUAGGAGUUUUCUUUCUUGGAAAAGGCUUCCCCUAUGAUAAAAAAAAAAAAACAAAAAACUGUAUGCCAGCUAAAAUUGUAUGCCAUAACUGACAGUCUUUUAAAAUUACUUGUCUAUAUUCUGAAUUAAGUUUUGGAUCAAACUUUAAACCAGGACAAACCUCAUGUGUUUUCACUCUCGCACUUCCUAUAUUCAUUUUGUUGUUGGGACAGAAAAAUCAUGAAGAGCCAGCCCACCUCAGAAGGUUGUGGAUUGAGAGAGACACUACACGACUAAGUAUAAGAUAAAAGGAUAGAGCUCUAAACGUUAACUUUAUAGUUGGAGAGGAAAAGAGUGUGCCCAAUACUCUCUACAUGACAUAUUGAGAUAUUUUUUUUAUUCAACUUUUAAGAUAGUGAUGUUCUGUUCUAAACUGUUCUGUUUUAGUAAAGGUAGAUUGUAGAGAAAACAAGCAUGGGAUUCUUUUCUAAGGUAAUAUUAAAGAGAGGGGAAUAAAAGUGAUUAUCUUUAAUAGUUCUUUGUUGAAGCCUGUGGUAGCACAUUAUGUUUAUGAUUGCACAUGUGCACAUAAUCUAUUAUGAUCCAAUGCAAAUACAGCUCCAAAAAUAUUAAAUGUAUAUAUAUUUUAAAAUGCCUGAGGAGAUAUGUUUUUCUUAAUAAAUUGAAGAGUCUCAGUAGUGCUAUUAAAAUAAUUAUUAGCCUCCUGCUGUGGGGCUGCAAAACAUCACAAAGUGACCUGUCUUGAGACCUGUGAACUGCCUGCCUGUUUAGUUGAUGAAAUUAACACAUUUCUACACAAGGAAUAUCUUCCAUCCAGCGGUGGAAACUUGGAGCAAAGAAGCUAGUGGUCUGCUUCUGUGCUGUAUGCCAGCCUUUUACCUAAAGUUGAGAUGAGCUCAUGGUCACUAUCUUUGGGUUGAGGGCCAUGGCAAAAAAAAAAAAAAAAAACAGAAA